AUGCCAGUCUGUUGUUCAAGCAAAGUCGUCUGCAAAAGUGGAUGUUGUGAUCCAUGCUGUGACCCAUGUUGUGACCCAUGCUGUGGCCCAUGUUGUGGCUCUGGUUGUGGCUGCGGCUCAUGCUGCAGUUCUGGAUGUGGAUGCGGCUCAUGCUGUAGUUCUGGAUGUGGAUGUGGUUCAUGUUGUGAUUCAUGCUGUGAUCCAUGUUGUGCUCCAUGUUGUGUACGCAAGAAAACUAUCGUCACCAAAACAGUCUGCUAUCGACCAGUUGUCAAAGUCGUCAAGAAGACAGUCUGCUGCAAAACAUGUCCACGAGUGUGCUGCUGCUAA